AGACUUGUGCAUAGCUAUGGACAUUGGAACAUCGCGAAAGGAGAACUUGAGUGGCGCUCAAACGUGUUUUACAAAGCAAACGCUUUUGUAAUGGAGGAAAGGUUAAUAUCAGCGGUUUCGGUUCAUCCAGAGUUGUACAACUCGACUUUAAGUUCAUACAAGGACUUAGACAAGAAAGCGGCUGCGUGGAGGGCUGUGAGCCUCCAAGUGGAAUUACCGGAGGAGGACUGCCGCAAGAAAUGGAAGAGCCUGAGGGACGGCUUCAUCAAAGACAAGCGGUCCGAAGAGAGGCGGCUGGCGUCGGGCGGCAUCCACCGCUGCUGGAAGUACAGCCAGCACAUGGCUUUCCUCACGCCCUUCAUACAGUCGCGCACGUCCACCUCCAGCUCGGCCGCCGACGACCUGUGCGACGGGCGGGACUGGGAGGGUGAGGGCGAGGUCAACAGCCACUCAGCAUCCAUGCUGCACGGCAGGGAGGCGGAGCUGAGCGACACGGACACGCCCGCCGGCUUCCCCCACGCCGGCUCGCCUGCGCUCAAACGGACCCGGUGGCAAGGCGAUGGGCUGGAGGGCACGGAGGACGAGCUGUUCCUCAUGAGCCUCCUGCCGCACCUGAAGAGGCUGCCCUACGAGAAGAAGUGCGCCGUCAAACUCAAAUUUCACCAGCUCCUGUACGAGGCGGAGUUUCAUAAAGUCGAAUGACACGUUUUCGUUUUUUGUAUCGGUGGUUUGUCGUUUUUUUUUUUUGUUUUGUUUUGUUUUUUUUAAUGCACACUGAACAGUCUGUAGGUUAAACCCCCUAGGAAUGAUUGGGGUUUUUCUACCCCGUUUGAUACUUAAACGAGCUACAUCUGAAGACUUUACGUGUGGCUACUUGAUCCCGGUCUGCUCGCUUCGUCUGAUAACUUCACUGUGAAUUUGCACUAGACUGAUACAUGACGUGGUACAAGCGAGAUUUUAGAUGUAGUAAUUUUGUCAUUUUAUUCUUGUUUAAAAAGUCACUGCUUAUUCCUGAACUGAUUUCUAAACACAGCUGCAGUGAAAGUGCAUGUCAUGUCGGAUGCAUUACGUCUGGAAUCUAAAGUCCGAAUUUAGAUUUGAGAUUCAAAUCCUAUGGGAAGGGUAAUCCUAUGGGAACCUGUCAAAGAAAUGGCCUCAUUUUGAGUACAUGACCUGAAUGACUUUGUGCCCAUGUAGUUUCCCAGAAUUGUGGUGACAAAGCUGGAAAUGCUGUUCUUGUGUUGCAUAUAAAUACUAAAUGGUUGGCAUUUAUACAGCCCCUUUAUCCAAAGCGCUGUACAAUUAAUGCUUCUCAUUCACACAUGAUGGUGUUUAUGGAGAAUUAUGCUUAAUAUACUUUUAGGUGUGGCCGAGUCGGUGCCCUGCCGAAAAUCACUUCUAGCAAAUUUGAUCAUGCUAGUAGCCAGCAACCCUCCGACUGCCAGACGACUGCUCUUACCUCCUGAGCUAAUGUCGCCCCUAAAAUUAGUACUAUUAAAAAGUAUUAGUGUCAUUAAUAUUGCAAGCAUGAUCAAAUUGGCUAGAAAUGAAUUUCCACAGGGCACUGGGACUCAGCCAAACCUAAAAGUAUAUUGAGCAUAAUUCUCCGUUAACACCAUCGUCAUACUCUUGCUGCACCAUGUGUUAAAUUGCACUUAGUGUAAUUGUGCAGUGAGGUCCAUGAACACUAAAAGGAAUUAAACUUUUUUUUCUUUUCUUUUUUUUACACUAAUAAUGCCCAGACCAGGAUGGUAAUGCCUUUUGAAAGAAGCAGGUGGGGUCAUAAGUAAAGAACGUAAUUUUA